AUGGGGGACCGUUUUGUCACCGGCCACCGUCUCGCCAACGCACUCUUGAGAUUUGGUGCCAAGUUCCAGGUUCCAGCCCCCGAUACCUCAGAUCGAGCUAGACGGCGAUCAUCCGCCAAGUUGACGAUACCUAAUCCCACCACUCCCGUUUACGACUGUCACGAAGUGUACGACUCCCCUUUACCAACACCCGACCAGCGCCGGCAGCAGCGCAGACCUACCCCCAGGUCCCCUUCUUCCCAACAAGCUCACCAACCUCCCAUUUCCACAUCCGAGCCGGGAUCGACGCCAGCUUCUCAUCGUCGCCUCCGCCGCACUCCCAACUUCUCCGCUACUCCCAGCCCUCGCCCAGAGCAGCAGCAGACUCACCAGACGCGCCAACCCCUUGGUCGUGUCACCGUCGCUCUCGGGCCCGGAGGUCGCUAUAUUCUUGCUGAUGCUAAGCCGAAGGUUCGCCAACGACCCGCACGCCAACUCUCACAGGACAAUCUCAGCGGGGAUUCCCUAGCAACCUCAUCUCACCUACCCUCACUGCACAGUCGACCGAGCCACGCUUCCCUAGACCCGGACAGAAUCGAACCGCACCCCGUCGUCCGCAUCUCCAAGCAUACCCACAGUGCCAUUCUGUAUGCGCUUGAGGAAUCACUGCGCGGACCCAAAGACAUCUCGGACGAUCCGGUCGAGUUAUACUCUCAGAUGGCAGACUUGAUGGGUGGACGCGGCCCGCCCACCACCAAUGGGAAUGGAAGCGCAUCGGCGCGAGCCACAACCGCCCGCGCUGCUGUUGGCUCUCCUUCCGGGAUUAGAGGACCUCGAAUGAUUAUGCAGGAACGAGCAGCCCGCGAGGCAAGACAACGAGAGGAGCGAGAACGACUAGAGCGGCAACACGCCGAAGAGGAGGCGCAAUUGCGAGACGAGGCGGUGCAAAGAGAAGCAGAGCGUAGAGCUGCCGCUGCUGGCGCUGGUACAUCAUCAGCCGGUGCCAUCCACACUGGUGCAGAUCCUUCUGCUUCACGAAGAUCGGCACAACCUGCACAACCUACAUCAGGUCGUGCCACAACUGACAAUGGCGCUCGCACUGCGGGGCCUUCCCGGGUGCCCUCCAGUGCCCAGGCGCAAGCUUCACAAACCACGCGCCACGGACGAACUACUUCCGGUCCUGCCCAAGGCGGUCCUGGUGUCUCGUCCGGCCCGGCGGCUGCUGGUCCUUCCGGAACACAACCUCAACCUGGAGAGUUCUCAACGGCUAUCGGACGAGGUAGAAACUCGUUCCCCCAUGCAUUCGAGCGCUGGGAGACUCUGUCUGCUCACUGGGAGGGAUUAACUAGCUUCUGGAUUCGCCGGCUCGAACAGAGUUCGCAGGAAAUCAGUAAUGAUCCGGUUUCGCAACAGCUCUCCCGACAAGUUACCGACCUGUCAUCUGCGGGUGCGAAUCUGUUCCAUGCCGUGGUCGAGCUGCAGCGCUUGCGGGCCUCCUCGGAGCGCAAGUUUCAACGGUGGUUCUUCGAGACCCGAAGUGAGCUAGAACGCAACCAAGAAGUCACUGCCAUGCUGGAAUCCGCGCUGGAAGAGGAACGACGGAACAGAGCCGAAGCAAUUCAAGAAGCUGUCGAACAUGAGCAAGGAUCCUCAAAGAUUCAGAAGCAGCUGGCCGAGAUGCGCAAGGAACUGACCAUCUCCAAGGAGGAGGCUCGACGUGCGUGGGAGGAACUUGGUCGACGCGAACAAGAAGAGCGUGACCGAACGACAUCUCUGCAGCUCGGUCAGCCCACCAUCGUCGGUGGCGUCCAGGUUGUCCCCAUGACUCAGAGUGUCAGCCGCGGUAACAGCCAGCCGGAUCCUCGCUAUGCCCAACCCGAAUCUUCAGAUUAUGCGCAGUCGCCCACCUCGCGUAUGUCUCGUCCCGAACAGACUCCGGCUCCGGCUGUUCAGCCAGUCGCAACCUCGGCCGGCAGUAACCCUGCCUUCCAGACUCCUUCCGCCGUGCAUCAUCAGCCAAGCUACGGUUCGGAAGGAACCUAUAGUGAAGAAGAAUUCGAGACCCCUGCGACGCAGCCCGGCGUGUACCAACCGACCGGCUCCGCACCACAGCAGCCCCGGUACUCGUCGGCACCGGACUACAGCGGCACCGGAUACUCGGCGCCCGGAUGGGAAGAGAUGCAGCCGCGUCAUCAUCACCCGACGCGUCUAAGCGAUGUGCUCGAGGAGGAAGAGGAGCGAAGCCGCACCAGUGCGAGCCACAGUCAAGUCAGUCGGCGCCACUAA